GUGCUGUUAGGUCAUGUAAUCAAUCGGUAAAGCAGAAGACGCAGUGUACGGUGUCAAAUCGAAUGAGGUAUGGGUCAAACGUUAUCAGAACCAGUGACUACCAAAGAGACAUCUAAAUGUGAAAACAGUUACGCCAAAGUCGCCUCAUCAUGCAUGCAAGGAUGGCGAAUAAACAUGGAAGAUGCCCACACCCAUCUCUUGUCACUGCCAGGAGACAAAGAUUCCUGCUUCUUUGGGGUGUUCGAUGGACAUGGAGGAGUGAAAGUGGCUCAGUAUGCAGGCUUAAACCUUCACAAGAAGAUUGUAGCACAAUCAACAUAUGCUCAGGGUAAUUUAGCAGAAGCUUUGCGGUCAGGUUUCCUGUCACUAGAUGAAGAAAUGAUGAAAGAUGAAACCAUGAAAGAUGAACUAGCUGGGACCACAGCUGUUGUAGCUUUGAUAAAGAACAACAAAAUCUAUUGUGCCAAUGUUGGAGAUUCCCGAGCAGUUGCUAGUGUUGCUGGGGAGGUGGAACAGCUAUCUUUUGACCACAAGCCAGGGAAUGAACAAGAAACUCGCAGAAUCAUCGCAGCUGGUGGCUGGGUAGAGUUUAACAGAGUCAAUGGGAAUUUAGCUUUAUCAAGAGCCCUUGGGGAUUUUGUAUUUAAGAAGAAUGACAAGAAACGAGCAGAAGAACAGAUAGUCACAGCCAAUCCCGAUAUCAUAGAGAAGAUGAUUACCAAAGAUCAUGAAUUUCUUGUAUUGGCCUGUGAUGGCAUCUGGGAUGUACUGACAAAUCAGGAAGUUGUUGAUUUCGUACGUGGGAGAAUAGCACAGGGAAUGGAGCCAGAAAUUAUAUGUGAAGAGUUAAUGACACGCUGCCUGGCUCCCGACUGUCAGAUGGGAGGGCUUGGAUGUGACAACAUGACUGUUGUGUUGGUGUGUUUCCUCACGGGAGGAACAUACGAGGACUUGGUGAGGAAAUGUAAUCAACCAAGUAGGAAUGGUCCAGCAUCACAUCUCAGGGACUAUCAUGGAGUAGAACUUAAAUAGUGUUGUCCACAGCAUGCUACCACAACAGGUACCUGCAUGGUCUGGAUGUUUGCCUGGUUCACACAAAGUCCUGCUGAUCAUACACAACAUUAUGGAGACAGUGAAGACGUGUUGCCUCUAUACCCUCAACCCUUUCUACCUGUUGUGCCAGAGCUCUUCACUUCAAGGUUUCUCAUGCCUUCCAAGCUAACUGUUACAACAAUUAUUAAAGGAAAUAUUGUCAUGCAGUCAGUUGGUUCAAAAUAAUCUUUUGUGUUCCAUUAUGUUUCCGAUAGUUCACAUACAAACAAGCAUAUUUGUGGAUGAUAAGUGCUGCCUCUGUUGACAACCACAACCAAAGAAUAUUGUCACAGCUUACCCUGAUGUCAUAAAUGACUUGGGCUGGCUAAAAAGAUAGAUAAUCAGAAAUAUCUUCAUUGGAAAAUUAUAUUAAUUAUUAUUGAUAUGAAAAUUAUGUCAUCAAUAAUAUCGUACAUAACCUGUUUUGAUGAAAUAGAGUUUUGAUUAACACAGACAAUGCACAAAGGUACGUCUUUAGUCAUGGGCUGCUUCUUAAUUAUGUUCAGACAAUGCUUUUAUUAGUAAUCCAAAUCUAAAUAUGUCACAGUUACCGGGUAUGUGAAAUAUUUUUAUUUAUUUCAGACUAGUGAAAACAUUUUGCUCAAAGUUUAUCAAUAAUCAAUCAAUAUUAAGUGAACCAUUAUUGAUCUCUGUGAUCUAUAUUAAAAGCCAGCCCUAUAAUUGACUACAACGAAAUCAGUUUUAAA